AUGUCCCCAGAUCCAGCCGCUGCCCUCAGCGCAUUGCUGCGUGGCGCCACGAUCGACGAUGACGAGGAGAUUCUCAAAGCCGCCAAUGCCGCAAUCAAGGCCGACAAGAGCAAUAUUCUCGCUAGGCACACCAAACUUGUGGCACUGCUCAAGCUCGACCGAUUCGACGAUGCCGCCCGUUUCCUUGCCGAGAGCGGCUCCGCACUAGAAAACAAGUGCAUUCUCGAGAAGGCUUAUGCUCUUUACAAAUCAGGAGAGCUUGAAGAGGCCACUUCGAUACUCAAAAAGGCUGGCCUGCGUGAGCGUAGCCUGCAGCAUAUUGCCGCUCAGGUUGCCUACAGGGCCGAACGAUUUGGCGAAGCAGGUCAAAUUUACGAGCAACUGCUCGACGGGUAUGCGGGGGACGAAGAAAACGACCUGAAUAUCAACCUAAAGGCUGUGCAUGCACAAGCUGAGUGGAGUGGCCUGUCUGCGCCGUCAGAGCCACUUCGUAGCAUGCCUGAUUCGUUUGAACUGUGUUACAACAUUGCUUGCGCAAGCAUCGCUAGAGGCGAGCUUGGCGAAGCAACCAAGCUGCUUCAACGGGCAGCCUCGCUUUGUAAGGCUUCCGACGACUUGGACGAAGAGGAUAGAGAAGCAGAGCUGCGUCCUAUAUGGCUCCAGCAGGCUUAUGUCUAUGCCCGAGAGGGGAAGUUAAAUGAGGCGCUUGAUCUUUACAACUCGAUAGGGUCAAUCAGCAAUGACGACGAGGACUUUAUUAUUGUUGCCCGACAGAAUCGUCUUUCACUCGAAGCGAAGCCCACCAACCCAUACCUCCUACGUAGGCAGAUGGAUGCCGGUGAUGUCAAGGCAGAAAAUGCCAAGCUCUUCAGCUAUCAGUCGAGCCGCGAGCGACAAAAUUCACUUCUUCUCGACUUGGACGUUCAUAAAUCAAGCGGCGUCCAGGAAAAAUCACACAAGUUACUUCAGCAGUCAGAACAGCCAACGAGUUGCGCUAGCGUCAAUGCCAUGGCGGUCGUGAAUGCGGCUGCUGUGGCCCAUGGGCUGGAUGACAGAGCAGCUGUCCGAAAGCUCCAGACCCUUGCUGCCAAGCGACCUCUGGACGUGGGCCUCAUUCUUACAAUCAUCCAGCUUCAGCUCCGUCUCAGCCGCAAGGGAGCAGCGUUGUCUCUUCUUCAGAAUUUCUUUACUCGGCUAGAGAAGGAAGACACUGAUGCUGCAAGAGACGUUCGCUUCUGUCCUGGCCUGGUUGCACUGGCGGUGUCUUUGAUGCGCGCGCAGGGACACGAGAACUCUGCCAAAGCCGAAUUUGUCACGGCCGCUAAGCACUGGACGAGUCGCCCUACCGCGUCUUCGGACUCUCUGUUGAGGGAAUCCGGCAUCGAGCUUAUGCGUUCAUCGAACCCUGAAGAUCUGAAGCUGGCAGGAUCAGCGUUUGAGAAGCUUUUUGCCGAACACAAAGGCUCUCACAUUGCCUCUGCUGGCCUGGUUGCCUCGCUAGCCGCUGUGGACACAGACAAGACUAGCCAGCACAUGUCUGAGCUUCCGCCCGUCGAGUCCCUCAUCAAGGGAAUCAACGUGAAGAGCCUUCUUCAGGCGGGUGUUGCGGCUGCCCCGAGCCGACCCAACACAAAGAAGCGUGCGGCCCCCGAUGCCUCCGAGAAGGCGACUGCAAAGCGCCGUAAACGCCGCCUACCAAAGAACUACGAAGAGGGCAAGGUCCCUGACCCCGAGCGCUGGCUUCCUCUGCGAGACCGCUCGUCGUACCGGCCAAAGAAUAAAAAGGGCAAGAAGAAGGCUGCCGAGUCGACCCAGGGUGGCGUCGUCAAGGAGGAGGAGACGUUGGGACUUGUUGGCGGUGGUGGCGUCAAGGUCGAGAAAGCUGGCGGUGGCGGUGGUGGCGGAGCCAAGAAGAAGAAGAAGGGCAAGAAAUAG